UGUGAGAAAGUCAAUCGGCCGCCGUUCCUCUAUACAGUAGCUUGCCGGGGGGUGAUGAAGAGAGGCCUGUCCAUCGGGAUGGUGAGAAUCUAGGAGAACAUGGACUCCACGGCCGUCCCAGAGUCGAACAUAAUCUCCAUGGCAGCUGUCAGCCUGGACCCAUCUGAUGAGCUGAUGCCCGCUGAAUACCGCAUUGCCAGUCUGGUGUUCUACAGCGUCCUCCUGGCCAUCGGCGUGGUCGUCAACCUCACGGCAUUGUGGGUGUUCGCCCUCACCACCAAGCGCAGGAACACCGUCACCGUCUACAUGAUCAACGUGGCUGUGGUGGACCUCCUCUUCAUCUUCCUUUUGCCCUUCAGGAUGGUGUACUACGCCCGGGACCGCUGGCCCUUCGGUGACUUCUUCUGCCGGGUCACGGCCGCGCUCACCGUCUUUUACCCCUGCAUGGCGCUGUGGCUGUUUGCCAUGAUCAGCGCCGACCGCUACGUGGCCAUCGUCCAACCCAAACACAGCAAGGAGCUGAAGAACAUCCCCAAGGCGUUGCUGGCAUGCGUGGGGGUCUGGCUCAUGACGCUGGGGAGCACCGUGCCCCUCCUCUUCCCCGACGACGACCCCGACGCCGCCUCCAACUUCACCACGUGCCUGAAGAUGACCGACAUCGUCCACCUGCGCCGGGACAACCCCGUCCACUUUUGCCGUCUCGUCUUCUUCUUCCUGGUGCCCGUCGGCAUCAUGAUCGGCUGCUACGUGGUCAUCGUGGACAACCUGGUCCACGGGCGCACUUCCAAGCUCAAACCCAAGGUGAAGGAGAAGUCCAUCCGCAUCAUCGUCACGCUCAUCAUCCAGAUGCUGGUGUGCUUCGUGCCCUACCACGUGUGCCUGGUGUUCCUGCUCCUCCAGAAGGCCGGGGGAGGGGACUUCAACAUCUGGGCGGCCUUCACCACCUUCCUGAUGAACCUCAGCACGGUGCUGGACAUCAUCCUCUACUACAUCGUCUCCAAGCAGUUCCAGGACCGCGUGAUCAGCGUGAUCCUCUACAGGAACUACCUACGGAGCGUGCGCAGGAAGAGCCGGCACACGCACACGGGCAGCGUCAGGUCGCUUAGCAACCUGACCAGCGCCAUGAUCUGAGGAGGAAGAGGGGGAGUUGAGGAACUCCGAGACACCUGUGCCGGCGCAUUGACGAGAGCCCUUAUCACACGGAUUACUAGUGUGUUUUAUCAUAAAAACACUCUUUAAUUCAUUUGGGAGAUUCAAAUUCACACUGUGGAAGUGGUGUGUUCUGUUACCGUAAACAUCUGCUUUCAAGACUGAUUGGUUAGCGCCUGAGACUUGUGGAAUAUAAGGUACACACACACACACAAACACGCAUACAAGCAUGUCCUCAUACAUGCACACACACCCGUAUGCAAACACACAAGCAUGCAAACACACCAGCCUCACUCAGUAUUCAGUAUUCUGUAGGCCUAUACGGUACAGCCUGUUGAGACUAAAAUCAGCUCUUGCUCACGUCUAACUAGCGAAUCUGUUUUGGAUUGUCGCAUUGUAAGUUGCGUGUCCUCCAUGACCACAACAUCUCUCUCUCUUUUAUUUGUCUGUUUCAUAACUUAAAUCUAGUCCGCCUGCUCGGAGGUUCAGCGCCGUAGACAGGACACUGUGGUCUCUGCAUCUUCCACUCCACUUUCACUGAGACUCUGACAUCAUUGUAAAAUGUUUCAACCUUGUCAUGUAAAUGUUAGAAUUUCGAUUUGAUACAGAACGACAAUAAUCCUCAACAUAAGGUUGUGACAUAUGUAUAUAUAUAUAUGUAUAAAAUAACUUUUGUUGUUUUGUU